AUGGGAAUAAAGUUUUUGGAGUUUGUGAAGCCUUUUUGCGGUUUUGUACCGGAAGUGUCAAAGCCUGAAAGAAAAAUUCAAUUUCGCGAAAAAAUGUUGUGGACAGCAAUUACAUUAUUCGUAUUUCUUGUUUGUUGUCAAAUACCUUUGUUUGGAAUUAUGUCAACAGACAGUGCAGACCCAUUUUACUGGCUUCGAGUCAUUUUGGCUUCAAACAGAGGAACACUUAUGGAGCUUGGCAUUUCACCUAUUGUGACAUCUGGUCUAAUAAUGCAGUUAUUAGCAGGCGCAAAAAUCAUUGAAGUAGGAGAUACUCCAAAGGAACGCGCACUUUUCAACGGCGCUCAAAAAUUAUUUGGUAUGGUAAUUACGAUUGGACAAGCAAUUGUUUAUGUGGCAUCUGGCUUGUAUGGAGAUCCUACGGAAAUUGGUGCUGGUAUUUGUUUGCUUAUUGUUAUUCAACUUGUUGUAGCUGGCCUCAUUGUUUUACUUCUGGAUGAGUUACUACAGAAAGGAUAUGGACUAGGCUCGGGUAUUUCAUUGUUUAUCGCAACAAACAUAUGUGAGACGAUUGUUUGGAAGGCUUUUUCACCAGCUACAUUAAAUACUGGUCGAGGAACGGAAUUUGAAGGUGCGAUUAUUGCACUUUUCCAUUUGCUUGCUACUCGGAACGAUAAAAUUCGAGCAUUGCGUGAAGCAUUUUAUCGACCAAACUUGCCAAAUCUAAUGAACUUAAUGGCCACAGUACUUGUAUUUGCUGUGGUUAUAUAUUUUCAGGGAUUCCGAGUUGACUUACCAAUCAAGAGUGCCCGGUAUCGUGGACAGUAUAGUUCGUAUCCAAUCAAACUUUUUUAUACGUCUAACAUACCAAUCAUCUUGCAGUCUGCUCUCGUUUCUAAUUUGUAUGUAAUUUCACAGAUGCUGGCAGCAAAAUUUGGAGGCAAUAUUCUGGUCAAUUUGUUAGGUACGUGGUCGGAUGCAGGUGGCUAUCGAAGUUAUCCAACCGGUUCAUGCGCGUUCUUCUCGAAAACAUGGAUAGACGUAUCUGGGAGUAGCGCGAAAGAUGUUGCAAAGCAGUUGAAAGAACAACAAAUGGUUAUGAGAGGCCAUCGUGAGAAGUCAAUGAUUCAUGAGUUAAAUCGAUAUAUUCCAACGGCAGCCGCAUUUGGUGGUUUGUGUAUUGGGGCUUUAUCAGUCACUGCUGAUUUUAUGGGUGCAAUCGGCAGCGGUACUGGCAUCUUGUUGGCAGUAACAAUAAUAUAUCAGUAUUUUGAAAUAUUUGUUAAAGAGCAACAAGAAAUGGGAGAAUUAAUUGUCUUAUAUCCCGAUGUUGCUUACGAUGCUAUGAAAAUAAUACUGCUAAUUUGUGAUUUGCAACUAUUUCCAGUGAAAAAAACUGACAGUGUUUGA